AAAGUUAGAAUUUCUGACGCAAAAUUAAUGGACGGAAGCCAACCUCGUAGCAGAUACGUCCCUCCGCACCUCCGCGGGGCCGACGACCGCAGCAGCAACCAUGGCAGCGAGCGCGGCUCCGAGCGUGGCGACGAUCGCCGUGGCGGCUACGGUGCCCGUGGUGGCCGCGACAACCACCGCGAACCCCCGGCCACGAACUCGCGCUGGUCUUCGUUCGAGUCGGCGCCCCGUGACAACUACCGUGGCGGCGGCGGUGGCCGUGAAGGCGGCUACUCGCGUGACGGUCCUCGUGAAGGUGGCUUCUCGCGCGGCGGCGGUGGCGGCGGCGGCUACGGCGGCCCGCGCAAGAACCGCAUUGGCUUUUAUGGCGACAUGAACCCGAACGCGCGCCUCGAGCAAGAGCUCUUUGGCGACUGCCAGUCGUCGGGCAUCAACUUCGACAGCUACGAUGACAUUCCCGUCGAGACGAGCGGUGAAGGCGUUCCGCCGCCGGUCACGACCUUUAACGAAGCCGAGCUCGGCCCCGAAGUUUGCAAGAACCUCGAGCACUGCCGCUACGACAAGCCGACGCCUGUCCAGAAGUACUCGAUCCCGAUCGGUCUGGCUGGCCGCGACAUGAUGGCCUGUGCCCAAACGGGUUCGGGUAAGACGGGUGGUUUCCUCUUCCCCACACUCGCGUCCAUGCUCCGUAACGGUCCCGCCAGCAUUGAUGAGGAGACCGCGAGCGGUGGUCGCCGCCGCAAGAUCUUCCCGUCGGCGCUUAUCUUGGCGCCCACGCGCGAGCUCGCGUCGCAGAUUUACGACGAAGCCAAGAAGUUCUGCUACUGCACGGGUAUUGCCCCGGUCGUCGUCUACGGUGGCGCCGACGUUGGCAGCCAGCUUCGCAACCUUGAGCGCGGCUGCGACAUGAUGGUCGCCACGCCCGGUCGCCUUGUCGACUUGAUUGAGCGCGGCCGCGUCUCGCUCGCCGGCAUCCAGUUCCUCAUCUUGGACGAAGCCGAUCGCAUGCUCGACAUGGGUUUCGAACCGCAGAUUCGCCGCAUCGUCGAGCAGGAAGACAUGUCGCGCGAGCGCCAGACGUUCAUGUUCUCGGCCACGUUCCCGCGCGAGAUCCAGCGCUUGGCCUCAGACUUUCUGCGCGACUACAUCUUCUUGACGGUCGGCCGCGUCGGCGCCGCCUCCAAGGACGUCAAGCAGACGGUCGUGUACGUCGACCCGCAGGACAAGGAAGACUACCUCAUCCGCUUCCUCAACCAAGUCCAGGACGGCCUCAUCCUCGUGUUCGUCGAGACGAAGCGCGCGGCCGACUUCCUCGAAGAUAUGCUCUGCCACGAAGGCUUCCCGGCCACGUCGAUCCACGGUGACCGCUCGCAGCGUGAGCGUGAAGAGGCGCUUGCGUCGUUCCGCUCGGGCCGCACGCCUGUGCUUGUCGCGACGGACGUCGCCGCCCGUGGUCUCGAUAUCUCGGGCGUGACGCAGGUCAUCAACUACGACUUGCCGUCCAACAUUGACGACUACGUCCACCGCAUCGGUCGUACGGGCCGUGUCGGUAACGUCGGUAACGCGCUCUCGAUGGUCAACGACAAGAACCGCAACAUCAUCCGCGAGCUCCACGAACUCCUCCUCGAGAACGGCCAGGAGUGCCCCGACUGGCUCGGCCAGAUGCACCAGAGCAGCUUUGGCCGCGGCGGCGGUCGUGGCGGCGGUCGUGGUGGCCGUGGCGGCGGCUCGUCGCGCUUCGGCGCCCGCGAUUUCCGGAAAGAGGGCGGCGGUGCUCCGUCGCGCCCGGCCGGUGGCGACCGCGGUGGCUACGGCGGUGACCGCGGUGGCGCUGGCUAUGGUGGCGGCUACGGCGGUGGCAACGGCGGCGGCUACGGCGGCAGCUCGGGCGGCUACCGUGGCGGCAGCGACAACAGCGCCUGGUAGGCGCCGGGUGAUGGCUCUCUUGCUGGAUCCCAUAGAGGCACUGCGGCUCGUGGUGUCGUUUUAGGAUAGUUCGAAGAUUGUGUACUAUUAUUUAUAGUGGUACUUGAGCGGGUGUAGAUUUGUCUCGAAGUAUUCUUCUUGGUUGUUUGAUUCAGAAAGGUAGAGAGCUGUUGCGAUAUACAAGAUCAAUAAAUGACUUAACUCUUAUA